GCGCCGCCCCCGCCGCGCCCGCGCCCCCGCCCGCCAGCGCCCAGGCCCACCCCGAGGCCCCGCCCCGCCGGGGCCCCGCCCUCAGCGCCCAGCCCAGCGCCCGCCGGGCAGCCGCCGCCGCCGCCAUCAUGGCCGCCCUCCGCCGGAAGGCGCCGGAAGCCCCCGGGCCCUCUCCCGCGCGGAGCCUGCCGGGAAAGGGCCGGGACCCGCCCCUUCCGGCGCGCCGAGGGGCGGGGCUUCCUCGUCCGCGCAGGCGCGACCAAGAUGGCGGCUCCGGCCUGGCGCUGAAGGAGGCCGCGGCGGAGAGAUGGAGGCCGCCGCCGCCGCCGGGCCCCCCGCGCCGGGCCCCGAGCGCCUCUUCGACGCGCACCGGCUGCCGAGCGACGGGCUGCUGCUGCUCUCGCUGCUGCUGUACGCGCCGGUGGGGCUGUGCCUGCUGCUGCUGCGCCUCUUCCUGGGCCUGCACGUCUUCCUGGUCAGCUGCGCCCUCCCGGACAGCGCCCUCCGCAGGUUCGUCGUGCGGGUGAUGUGCGCGGUGCUGGGCCUCCUGGUGCGGCAGAGCCAGCCUCGGCAGCGCGGCCUCCGCGCCCGCGUCUUCAUCGCCAACCACGUCACCCACUUCGACCACAACGUCGUCAACCUGCUGACCUCCUGCAACGCGCCCAUGCUGAAUGGGGCCUCUGGCUUCAUGUGUUGGUCCCGAGGUUUCCUGGAGGUGGGGAGCACAGGAAGCCGAGCAGAGCUCCUGGAGUCACUGAAGGCUUACUCCUCCCAUGGAGGCAAUCCGCCUCUCCUGCUCUUCCCUGAAGAAGCCACCACCAACGGGAGGGUUGGCCUUCUGCGCUUCAGCUCAUGGCCAUUCUCUAUCUUGGACGUGGUCCAGCCAGUGGGCCUGCAAGUGCAGAGGCCCUUCAUUGCUGUGAGCACAGCUGAUGCCUCCUGGGUGACUGAGCUGCUCUGGACUUUCUUUGUUCCCUUCACCAUAUAUCAAGUAAGGUGGCUCCCAUCGGUCUGCAGACAACCUGAGGAGACACGGGAAGAGCUGGCUGUCCGAGUCCAAGAGCUCCUGGCCUUGGAGCUCGGUGUGGUGUCGACACGAGUCACUGCUGCUGACAAAGCAGAGCACCUGAAGCGAUUACGCCAUAGUCCUCCAGCUCCCUAUGUCCCUGUCCCACAUCAACCCUCGGCAGGCAGACCUCAGGCUUCCCCUAGCUUGCCUGCCACAGAGGAUACGCGCUUGAUGGGCAUGGCUCAGCGUGUCAAGGAAGUCCUUCCCCAUGUGCCUCUGGCAGUCAUUCACAAGGACUUGGCCCAGACCAACUGCGUGGAUGCCACCAUUGCCAACCUGCUGGAGGGGCGGGUUCCCUUCACCCCCAGUGAGGCAGAGGAGGAGCCCUCCUUGCUUGGGCCGUCAGUCUCCAAUGCUCAGCACCCCACAUCUGCCCCCACAGCUGUGCAGCCCCAGAAGGUCUUUUCCAGGUCCCCAGAGGCAAGGCACCUCUCCCUGCAGGAGCGGAAGCAUGCACUGUUUGAUUAUGCCAGGAGGAGAUACACAGAGAAAUAUGGGAUGACCCAGAGUCAGGGGAGCCGCUGACCAGACAGUGUUUCUUCCUGCACUUGGCAGUGGCUAUUUCUGUGGAUUGGCAGUCUGUGACAGCUGUGUCUGUACUGGCUGGGCGAGGCGGCCAGGUUCCAGCCCACCUGUGCUUUCUGCUGCAGGUCCACUGCAACACUGGAGGGGGCCAGGAGCCUGCAUCUGAGCGGGGGCGGGUGGGGAAGCUUUCGCUAUCAAAAUAAACAUUGCUCAAAUUCUCAAAUGCCUGCAUGGG